AUGUAUAGAUCUCACAUCGCUGUCUGUUGUGCCUUAGUUGGCAUUUUCCUGGGAGCAGUGGUUCAGUGUGCUCCUUUUCCAGAUGAUCCUGCAGAGGUCGCCAACUUUUAUGAAUUGUUCAAUAACCCCGAUGCUCUCCUAUCGCUGACCAAUGGCCCCGACACUAUUCAUUUCAUCGAGGAACAUGGCUAUCCAGCUGAGCGACAUUAUGUGACCACUGAAGAUGGCUACAUCGUCAGCCUCUUCCGAAUUCCGUACUCGCACAAUCUCCAGAACCAGGACGAAAAGAGACCAAUUGCUUUUAUACAGCACGGUCUAUUUGCCAGCUCCGACUUUUGGCCAAGUUUGGGACCGGAUGAUGGGCUUCCAUUCCUGCUCGCCGAUGCUGGAUACGAUGUUUGGAUCGGCAAUGCUCGAGGAAAUAGAUAUUCGAGAAACCACACCUCUCGCUCGACAAGUCAUCCGGACUUCUGGCGCUUCAGUUGGCACGAGAUUGGAUACUUUGACAUCGCCGCCGCCAUUGAUUACACCCUGUCCACGGAGAACGGAAAGGAUCAGGAGGGUAUCCACUACGUAGGACACUCCCAGGGCACCACAGUGAUGUUUGUGCUGCUGUCUUCAAGGCCGGAAUAUAACGACAAGAUCAAGACGGCUCACAUGCUGGCUCCGGUGGCUUUUAUGAAUCACAUGGACGAUGCCAUGGUCAACACCUUGUCUCCUUACCUGGGCUUCAAAAAUGUCUACUCGACACUUUUCUGUUCCCAAGAGUUCUUGCCGCACAACGACUUCGUCCUGGCUCUGAUGUACAGUGUUUGCCUGCCGGGUUCGAUUGUUUACAGAUUUUGCAGCAGCGGUAGUGAAACAACUGAGGAAACAGGAAGAACUAACUCAACCGCCACUGCAUUGACGUCUGGAGUGAUGCCUGCUGGUGUCUCCACGGAUCAAAUCCUGCACUACAUGCAGGAGCAUCAAUCGGGACAUUUUCGGCGUUUCGAUUUCGGCACCAAGAAGAAUCAGAAGGCUUAUGGAGCGGAAACCCCAGAGGAUUAUCCAACUGAGCUGAUCACAACUGAGAUGCAUCUGUGGUAUUCGGACAACGAUGAGAUGUCCGCAGUUGAGGAUGUCCUGCGGGUGGCCGAAACGCUGCCCAACAAGGUGAUGCACCACAUGGAGGAUCCACUGUGGGAUCAUAUGGACUUUGCGCUGAACUGGGAGGUGCGUCAUUAUAUCAAUGAUCCUAUAGUUACCAUUCUGAACGAGUACGAGGGAAAGUGA